AUGCUUCUUUACCGCUCCGUUCCGACGUGCACAAAUUUGAAAGAAAAAAUAAACAUCGCAUCUUUUAACGCUUCACAGGAUUCGUCCGAGGACCGAGAAGGAGGAUCGAACAGCAGUAGUAAUGUCAGCUUGGAUCUGUCGAAAAAGCCAAACAUUACAAGAACGUUAGAUGCGAAUAAUACAAGUUCGUUCGUAUCAGAUCAGAAGACGAAGUCCAAGGGGCGUACUAUCAAGUCAAGUAGGAAGCAUUCGCAACACAAGUUGAGCGAAGUGAACAUUCUGGACAAAGGAAACGACGCCAAAGUACAUGGUAACACGUCAGUAGGGAAGUCUAAAAGGAGCAGCAUACAGUUGGAUGAAAGCAAAAUUUCGAGCAAGACCAACAGUAUCAUAGUUGAGGAUUGUAUGGACAACCAGGACAGCAAGACAGAGAUAAAAACAGAAAGAAACAGCACGGAAUUUUUAAAUAUCGGAGAAAAUAGCCCACAUAUUUUAAGUAGAGUUGAAAAAAUAACAGGUUCUGAUUUUUCUGGAAGAUUGCCUCGCACGAUUUCGUUUAAGGACAAUUUGCUAAGCACGGAGGGUAAUUCAUAUAGCACCGUUAAGGACGAUUUCUCGUAUGUGUAUGAGCCCAGCAAGGCUGACCCCGGUAGAAGUCAUCUCGGUUAUUAUAACACACCUGAAGUGUUAAAUUCUUACCCAAGCGGUAGUUUGACCUGCUCAGGGGGCUAUAGCUUCAGUCCAUAUGAUGAGAGGUUUAUGAUCCCAGGUAGGAAGGGGGACUUGAAGCAUUUUUCGACGAAUAUAUUAAGCGCGCAAGGGGGCGACCACGUGGGGGCGAACGCGUACGCGAGUAGCGAUCUAGGCACAUUCCGAGGUGACACCCUGGGGAGGACCUACCACGGUGACAAUUGGGGGACGUACCGCGGUGAUAAUUUGGCAACCUACCACGGUGACAAUUGUGGAACCUACCACGGUGACUACCUCGGGGCCUACCCCAGCGCUAACUUGGGAUUAAAUCCAAAUAUCCUAAACUCGUAUGAACAGAAAAACAUAACCUUCAGCGGAGGUGUGAAGUCUAGCUACAUCCCCCCGCCCUUUGUACAUCCGAACAUCGUUGAGCACCCCUUGGCGAAGGGAGCAGAGGCAUACAAAGCAACGGCAAAUGAGAGAUUCACCCCUUCUAGUGUAGCAAAUGAAAUGAACUUUACAAAUAUGUACACUAGUCACACUCCGAUAGGCAGUAACGAGAGCAGCAGAAUAGGGACUUUGGCGAAUUACGAGAGUAAGGGGAAUGCUUAUUUGUCUGACAAGGGCUCCUAUGAUGUAAAUAAUGCUAGCGAGAGUGCGUCCCUUGGAGGAGGGGUUAAUUUGGGACCUCCGUUGAGUAGAAGGAACGUGUACAACACGUUUGGGAAUGGCGCGCCCACAUUGGUAGGUGGGUUCGCAUCGCCAUCCCUAGGUGGCCCUGUAUCGCCAUCGUUAGUUGGUCCUGCAUCUGUCGCUGCGGGGGGAAUCAGCACCACGGGUGUUCUCCCCGGUGGGGGUGACAUGCUGAAGUUCAAGACGGCCGAAUUUCUCAACCACGCGGAUUUCAAUUUUAAGAGCAGCACCGCGGAGAAGGAGGAAGCUGCCCCGGAUAGCCUCAACAAUGUGGUGAAAGCGGACGAGAUGGUUCAAAGUGAGAAGGUAAAAAAUGAGGUGUCCUCCCUCUGUGAACAGGUCACAUCGCACACGGACUAUUCACGAGCAACACACACCACCCACGUGUUGGAUAAGCGAAUUGUCCAUGAAGGAUUUGAUACGAUUAAAAUCCCGAAAUAUAGGGAAGUAGAAAUAGUAGAAAAAAUUGUGGAAGUUCCUGUGGUGCACAAAGUAAACAAGUAUAUAAAUAAAUAUGAAGUUAAAGAAGUGGAGAAAGUGGUUAAGAAGCCUAUCAAUAAAUAUGUAGAAACGAGGGUAGAAGUUCCUGAGUUUCAUUUCCAGGACAAAAUUGUGGAGGUGCCAGAAUUGCAAGAAGUGGUAAAGGUUGUGGAGAAGCCAGAAAUUAAAGAGCGUAUAAUUUACAAAAAUAAAAUUGAAACGAAGAUUAUUCCUAAGUAUAUUGAAGUGCCCGUGGUGAAGAUUGUCAAUAAGUACGAAAGCUAUGACGAUAUAGGGGAGGUAAUCAAGACGGUGCCGGUGAAGAAGAUUGUCGAAAUUCCAAAUGAGGUGAUCCGAAAGGUGAAGGUACCAAUUCGCAAAAUUAUCGAAGAGCCCAAUUAUGUUCCGGUCAUAAAGUACCGUGAUGUGCCUAUUGAGAAGAUACGUUAUGUGCCGAAAAUUCAGACGGUCGAGCUCGUUAAGACGAUCCCCAAAGUGAUUGACAUUCCUGUUCCUGUGAAAGUUCCGAAGAUAAAAGUUAUUGACAAGCCGUUUUAUAUAAACAAGUAUGUCGACCACCCCGUCGUUGUGCCUGUUUCUAAGACGGUGAAGCCUGUGUAUAAAUAUGGGGGGAAGAAGGUGAUCGAAAUUCCCAUUCAUAAGCCUUACAUCGUUACGCACGACAGGGUUGUCCCUAAGGAUGUGCAGAAUGGCAUGAGCAACGGUAGGUGCUCCGUUUACGCCAGGAAGUUGGACUUGAAUGCAUUCGACGCGGCGAAGAGAAAUGAGCUCUUCAGCCUGGUGAACGGGGGCAGCUUCAACUUGGAGCGCUCCGUCAGUGUGGGCGGGAUGGGAAGCAACAUCGGCGGGAUGGGAAGCAUGGGCAUCGGCAGCAUCGGCGGUGCCGGCGGCCUGCACUUCUCCAAGAGCCUGAACAGUGGUCCCAAUGCCAACGUGAAUGUAGCCAAGAUGGACACACCAUACGGUGUCGACUUUUACUCAAACGGUGUAGGCCGGGGGAGCGGCUUGAACGCUCCGUUUGUCGGCGCGGGGGGUUUACAGAGUCCUUCUAACCAGAAGGGGUUGCACCGAAAUUUCACACCGCCUAUUUCUAUGUACAACGCCAACUGCGACACGGGGAGGAAGGAUGGAAGAUCCAGUUUACCCUUUUUGCGAAAUGGUUCCAACCGUGCCGAACAAGGCAGUAACGACUUACCAGAGGGAUUUGCAGAGAGCUCCAAUUUGCAGCGCCGCUUUGCCAGUAGCAACCCAGUGUUCGAAAGGAGCGGGGUUGCGAACGGGCAGGCAGGGCAGGGGGCAUCUAAGGAGACAAAUAAGGGAACACCUGAGGGAGCAUCCGAGAGUGCAACUAAUAUGGUCCGCAAUUCUUCGGGUGGCCAAUGCCUAAGGAGAUACGAAUCCAGUGCUCGCGCGAAUGUGCCUGAGUGUGUGGUCGGGGGGAAGGCGGGAGUAAUGGCGGGCUGGGGUAAUCAAAAAAGUAUGCGUCAUAUGGACAGCAUGAGGAAUGGCAGCGGUGCGCGGAACGGUAAAAGGAUGAGCUACGCCAGCAACAUGGCAAGCAUGAAGACGAUGACCAGCAUGAACAACGGCGCGUGUGCACUCCGUUCGAGGAGCCCCAGUGCGUGCUCAGCCGAUGGGAUCAGCGCGUACGUGGUGGAGUAUGUGGGGGACGAGGAUAAGCGGUUCAAGGACGGUGGCUUUUCCAAUGGGUUCAGUAAUCAGUUGCCAGACGAGAUGGGAAGUAAUUAUUCAUUCAGCGGGACGGGUAUGAAUUCGAAGAAUAAGUGA